CAAACUGUGAUGCAAAAAUGACAUGUGGCUUGAAAGUAGACACCUCUGAUCCUGGAUGGUACAAAUCCAUGACGAAAAUUCUCAGGAAAAUCAAGGGUGCAUCAUACAACAUAAAUGUAGAGGAAGGGAUGGCGUAUAUUACAGGAAAAGCAAAUCCGAGUAAACUUCUGAAGAAGCUCAGGUCAGAAAAAUAUGCAGACCUCUGUUGGGUCAUGACUGGAAACAGAAUCACUUAUGGCAAUGGCAGUGCUUAUUAUCAACCAAUGGAGCCCCCUUCAAGUUACUGGCACAACCACCAUCCCGUGCCUUUGCAUCAUCAUAAUUUCUAUCCUCAAAGGCCUCCAAUGGUGCCUUAUUCAUACCAUGAUUUUCAAAACUACGGCUACUGGGACAGAAUUUCUUACUAGCUAGAGUUCUUUUAGGGGGGAAAAAAAUAAAAUAAAUAAUCUAUUAGACGACUAUCUCCUCUUAAAAGAUGAGAUUAAAAGCUUUUAUUUUCGCUUUAUUUUAAAUAU